AUGCCAGUUGCUGAUGAAAUUCAAUCAUCUUGGGCGGAUGAGGUUGAAAUAGACCAAGGUGCUCUUCCUCCGCCUUCAGAAGUUGUUGAAAAUGGACUUAAAAUUGUUACAGAAUACAAGUACGAUAACGAUAAUAAAAAAGUUAAAAUCGUCCGUACAUACAAAAUAGAAAAACGUGUUGUAUCUAAGAGUAUUGCUAAACGUAAAACAUGGAGUAAAUUUGGUGAUUCUGCUGAAGACAAACCUGGCCCAAACCCUGCCACUACCAAUGUUGCUGAAGAUGUAUUCAUGCAGUUUAUUAGUAGCAAAGAAGAAGCACAGCGUCCUGAUGACAGUGACUUGGAUGGAUUAAAGCCCCAAACAAGUAGUGUCAUUUUCAAAUGUCGUACUUGUCAAGGAGAGCAUUGGACUUCAAGCUGUCCCUUUAAGCACACCCAACUUGCUCAGACUAAAGCUAACGAAGCUGCCAAAGCAGCAGAAGCUAAAGCAGCUUCAUCUACAAACAAAUAUGUGGCACCUAACAUGCGUGAAGGAGCAAGCCGUGGACCAGGUCGUGAACCUCCUGGUGCAAGGCGAGGCGAUGAUGUUGCUGCUAUUCGUAUAUCCAACCUUAGCAACUUUGCUGUUGAAGCUGAUCUUGAUGACCUUGUCAAAGGAUUUGGACCAGUGCACAAACUAUACUUGGCGAAAGAGAAGAGUACUGGGUUAUGCAAAGGAUUUGCAUAUGUUCAUUUCAAAUUCAAGGCUGAUGCCGCAAAGGCUAUCCAAACUCUUAAUGGACAUGGUUAUGAUCACUUGAUUUUGAAUGUUGAAUGGUCCAAACCACCACAAAACAAUUAG